UCCCCUUCCUCUCCUCUCUAGAUGCCAGGAGGAGUGCCCGGCGGGGUGGUACGGUCCUCAGUGCAGCCUGCGUUGUGACUGUCGGAAUGGUGCUAAGUGUUACCAUAUCAACGGGGCGUGUCUCUGCGACACAGGUUUUAAAGGACCUCAGUGUCAGGAGAGGUUCUGUCCCCCGGGCCUGUACGGACUCAUCUGUGACAAGUACUGCCCCUGUAAUGCCUCCAACACUGUCAGCUGUCACCCCCUGUCAGGUGAGUGCACCUGUACAGCAGGAUGGGCGGGGCUCUACUGCAACGAGACCUGUCCACCUGGUUACCACGGCGACGGAUGCAGGUUGCCAUGCAGCUGUUCCCACGGGGCUGACUGUCACGGAGUCACUGGGGCCUGCGUCUGUGCCCCUGGUUACAUGGGUGAUGACUGCUCUUCUCUGUGUCCUCCGGGGCUCUACGGUCCUAGUUGCUCCUUUACCUGCUCCUGUCAUAACCACGCUACCUGCUCCCCCAUCGAUGGAUCCUGUAGCUGCAGAGAAGGCUGGCAGGGAGUGGAGUGCUCUACUCUGUGCUCCAGUGGUAGCUGGGGUCUGGGCUGUAAUCAGAGCUGUCGGUGUGCCAACGGCGCAGCCUGUGACCCCAUGGAUGGUGUCUGUACCUGCUCCCCAGGCUGGCGAGGGGAGCACUGCCUCCUACCCUGUCCUGAUGGAAUGUACGGUCUGGAGUGUCGUGGGCGUUGUGACUGUAGUCAUGGUGAUGGCUGUGACCACGUCACCGGAUUCUGUCGCUGCCUCGCUGGAUGGACAGGUAUCCGGUGUGACAGUGUGUGUCCUCAGGGGUUGUGGGGUCCAAACUGCUCCGUCACUUGUUCCUGUCAGAAUAGAGGAUCGUGCUCACCUGAGGACGGCGCCUGUUUCUGUUCCCCGGGGUACAGAGGGACCUCCUGCAAGAGAAUCUGUUCUCCUGGGUUCUAUGGGCACCGCUGUAGCCAGGCAUGUCCACAGUGUGUCCACAGCUCUGGCUCGUGCCAUCAUGUGACUGGUCACUGUGACUGUCUGUCCGGCUUCUAUGGCUCCCUGUGCAACCAAGG